UUUUAAAGUAAUUUUUUUCCCUUUUUAAAAUUAGUUUAGUUUACGACACGCACAUAAACGAAUCGUUUUCGGGAACGGAUCGCUCGGUGAAGCACAUACUUACAUAUUAUACAGAAAAUUAAAUUAAAAAAAAAAAUUAUUAUCAAAUUGUCGCUGAUAGCCACCAUACAUACAUCAACAAUAUUACAUAAAACGAGUAUAUAAUUUAUAAAGAAAAAAAGACAUUCUCCGAAUAGAAUUCAUCAUUAAGGGUCUUUUGUUCAUCCAGAAAAGUUCAUUAAUUAAAAUUUAAAAAAAAAAGAUCAAGAAAAUUAAUAAAAUUUAUCCUAAAAGAUUAAAAAAUUUUUUUCUUCUUUAAUUUUAAAUUAGAAACGAGUAAAACUAAAAAAAUUAAUUUAUUUCAAUCAAAAGAAUCAAAAAUCAAAAAUUUUAUCACAAUGAAAUCUACCUUCGUUUGGUUCAUAUUUGGCGGAGCAAUUUUAAUGUUCGGUGGCACAGCAGAUGCAUGGGGUGGAUUAUUUAAUCGUUUUUCCCCAGAAAUGUUACAAAAUCUGGGUUAUGGAAAUCAUGGUGGCAGAUAUAAUUCAUACAUAAACAAUUACGAUAAUGGUGGUUAUACCAAUGAAAUUGACGUUGGAGAUGAUCCAUGCCAAUAUAAGCAAUGCUUUUCAAAUGAAGACUGUUGUCCAGCUCAAAUAUGUAUAUACACCAAACAAUAUGAAGGACAAUGUAUAUAUGUGAUGGGACGUAAGCUAGGAGAACUGUGUCGUCGUGAUGCUGACUGUGAAGCUGGUUUAGUUUGUGAUUCGGAGCCAAAAGGUACAAGUGUUUGUCAAGCACCAAUUGCAAUUGCCAAACAAUAUGCCGAAGAGUGUACAUCAUCAAAUGAAUGCGACAUUUCUAGAGGAUUAUGUUGUCAAUUACAAAGACGUCAUCGUCAGGCUCCACGUAAAGUAUGUUCCUACUUUAAAGAUCCGUUAUUAUGUAUCGGCAGUGUUGCUGUUGAUCAAAUUAAACAUGAAAUUCAACAUACAGCUGGUGAAAAGAGGAUAACAUCUGGUUAUAAACACUACAAUAAUCUUAAUAGUCUUAAUAAUCUCUAAAUAAAAAUAUUAUACUAAGAAAAAAAAAACAAACACACACAAGUAAAUAAAUAGAAAUUUUCAUGUACAAGAGCAUACAUAAAGCCGGAAAAUAGUAAGGAAAUACAAUAUAAAUGGAAAUAAAAAAAAACAUAUCAAUAAUGUUAUACAGAAUACUACACAAAAAUAUUUUUAAUUUUAAAACAAAAAUUAUUAAUUCUAUAUACAAUUAUUAUAUACAAAGAAAAAACAAUAUCAAUUUAGGAUAUCGUUGACUUAUCGUUGACUUAUAUAACCAGGAAAGAGUUUCAAUAUUACAAAAAAAAAAACAAACAAAAACGCAAAAUUAUCUUAUAAAAUCAAUAUCUAAAAGAAAAUUAAAAAAAAAAAUAAAUAUAUAUACAUACAUAUCAAUAGGAUUAAGAUGAAAGUAAAAAAAAAAGAACAAAUACCUAAAAAUAAUAUUUUGUGUCAUCUUUAUUUAAAAAAAAAAACCAAAAUUAGAUUAUAAGUAGAGCUUAUAUAUGUAUAUACACUUAUAUGUAUACACAAUCAAUACAUAUCUAUAUACAUAUGGCUACACUCUCUAAUUUAUAAGAAAACUCUAUAUCAAAUACAUAUCAAAUAUACAUAUGAUUUAUAUACAUAUGCAAUAUAUAUUGUAUAUAUAUAUAUAUAUAUAAAUUUAUAUACACAAUAUUAAGACAUUAUAUAAAAUAUAAAGAAAAUUUAAUGAAAAAUUUCGGUAGGAAAAAUAAAUUAAAAUUAUGAAUUAUAAAAAAAAAAUGAAUUAAAAAAUCCACAUACACUGAAAAAAAAAACUGAAAAUAAACUAUCUCUGAAAUAUUAUAUGAAAUUGAAAACAAUGAAAAUUCUAUAAGCUUGCUUACAUUCAUAUGAUAUAAUAUUACAAUAAAAUACUUAAUAAUUAUUAUCGUUUGAAUUAAAAAAUAAAAAUUUUUCAAAAUAAAUAAAACAAAAUAUUUUUUUAAAUAUGUAUAUCUAUAAAGACUACAUGUAUAAUUUCUAAUUUAAAUUAGUUUGAAUUCAUGAUUGCAUUUUAAGGCCAGAACUACAUCCGGAAAACCAUUUUCUAACUUUAAGUUUAUAAUUUUGCAAAACUCCAUCACAGAAUUUUGAGUACAAAAUUAUAAUUUCUUUGCUGCAGCUGUUGUACAUAACCUAAAAUAUUUUGAUUUUGAAAACUGAAUCUAACAUUUAAUAAAUAAUGACAUUCUUGUUUAUUUAACUUUGAAAAAUUUUAACUUAAUAUUAGCCUUUACUUUUAAAAAUUUUGACUUAUGUGCUAUUAUUGUUGCAAACAGAGGUUUUUGUUUACCGUACAAAGGAUUACUAAAUUUCUAGCACAGCAAAUAGUAUUAACUGAUUUAAGUAUUAAAAACCUUGAACACGAGCUUAAUUUUAUUUUCAUAUUCCAGCUUUCCUUUUUUUUUAAUUUAUUACAUUUAACAGAAAUCAAGAAAAAAAAAACAAACUAAAAUUUUUUAAAUUUUAAAUGCAAAAAUAUUUUGUUUUUUUAAUAUUAUGUGCAGCAUUUAUAAUAAUUAAAUUCAAUUUAUUUUUAAAUCUAUACUUUUAGUGAAAAUUUUUGUUUUAAUUAAAACUAUUAUUUACACGUAUAAAAAAUUAUAUAAUAUCUAAAUAAAUCAAAAUUGUAAUUUUAUUAUAAUAAAAAUACUAAGAAAAUGAAAUGUUUCUAUAUUUAUUACGUUAACAAAUUUUUUAAAUAAGAAUUAUUAUAUACAAUAAAAUGUGAACUUUAAAUUCUUAUAUAUACAUAUAUACAUAAAAUAUAUAUUAUGAAGUCAAUGAUAUUAAUUAUAAUAGCGAUAUAUA